AACGUCCUGGAGACUGUGGCCCGCGGGCCCGGAACCGAAGUCGCGCCUCCACCGUGAGUCCCGGAGGGAGUGCUUUUCCCAUUGCACCGAGGACAGUCCUCGCUCACGCGAUUGGCAGGGCACACCGGAAGCGCUUGUGAGUCGGUGGCCCGGGCCCAGGCUUGCCCCACGAGCCGCGCUGAACGCCGGGUGCGUGGUUUCUCUCGGGACUGGAGCCCAGAGACGGCCGGACCCCCGCGGCGAUGGAGCGGGACGCCGGAGGAGGCCGCACGGCCAGCGCCCUGUUCGCGGGGUUCCGGGCCUUAGGGCUUUUCAGCAACGACAUCCCACACGUGGUGCGGUUCAACGCGCUGAAGCGCCGCUUCUACGUGACGACCUGCGUGGGCAAGAGCUUCCAUACCUACGACGUUCAGAAACUUAGUUUGGUUGCAGUAAGUAACUCUCUUCCACAGGAUAUCUGCUGUAUGGCAGCUGAUGGGAAGCUGGUCUUUGCUGCUUAUGGGAAUGUUUUCUCUGCAUUUGCCCGCAAUAAAGAGGUAGUACAUACUUUUAAGGGUCAUAAGGCAGAAAUCCAUCUUUUGCAACCCUUUGGAGAUCAUGUUAUCUCUGUUGAUACUGACAGCAUUCUUAUUAUUUGGCACAUAUACUCAGAAGAAGAAUAUCUGCAAUUGACUUUUGAUAAAUCAGUAUUUAAAAUUUCUGCAAUUUUGCAUCCAAGUACCUACUUGAAUAAAAUACUUCUUGGCAGUGAACAAGGAAGCCUACAAUUGUGGAAUGUGAAAUCCAAUAAACUUCUAUAUACAUUUCCAGGAUGGAAAGUUGGAGUGACGGCUCUUCAACAGGCACCAGCUGUGGAUGUUGUUGCUGUUGGUCUUAUGUCGGGUCAGGUUAUCAUUCAUAACAUUAAGUUUGAUGAAACAUUAAUGAAGUUUCGUCAAGACUGGGGACCUAUUACUUCUAUUUCAUUUCGCACAGAUGGUCAUCCAAUUAUGGCAGCUGGAAGCCCAUGUGGCCAUAUUGGACUCUGGGAUCUUGAAGACAAAAAAUUCAUCAAUCAAAUGAGAAAUGCACAUUCUACAGCAAUUGCUGGAUUGACAUUUCUCCACAGAGAGCCACUUCUUGUCACAAAUGGUGCUGACAAUGCUCUUAGGGUAUGGAUAUUUGAUGGUCCCACUGGUGAAGGCCGGCUUUUGAGAUUCAGAAUGGGACAUAGUGCUCCUCUUACCAAAAUUAGGUAUUAUGGACAAAAUGGACAACAGAUUCUUAGCGCAAGUCAAGAUGGAACUCUUCAGUCAUUUUCCACAAUACAUGAAAAAUUUAACAAGAGCUUGGGACAUGGAUUAAUAAACAAAAAAAGAGUCAAACGUAAAGGACUUCAAAAUACCCUGUCAGUGAGACUUCCUCCCAUCACAAAAUUUGCAGCUGAGGAAGCUCGUGAAAGUGACUGGGAUGGUAUCAUUGCUUGCCAUCAGGGUAAGCUAUCUUGCUCAACCUGGAACUAUCAAAGAUCUACAAUAGGCGCUUACUUUCUCAAGCCAAAAGAGCUGAAGAAAGAUGACGUUACUGCAACAGCAGUGGAUAUAACUUCUUGUGGAAAUUUUGCUGUGAUUGGUCUCUCAUCAGGAACUGUAGAUGUAUAUAACAUGCAAUCUGGUAUACAUCGAGGAAGGUUUGGUGAGGAUCAAGCUCAUAAAGGGUCUGUUAGAGGUGUUGCAGUAGAUGGAUUAAACCAGCUGACAAUUACGACUGGUAGUGAAGGAUUACUCAAGUUUUGGAACUUUAAAAACAAAAUUUUAAUCCAUUCUAUGAGUCUUGAUUCAUCUCCAAAUAUGAUGCUGCUACACAGAGACAGUGGCAUUCUGGGACUCGCCUUGGAUGACUUCUCCAUUAGUGUUCUGGACAUAGAAACUAGAAAGAUUGUCAGAGAGUUUUCUGGACACCAAGGCCAAAUAAAUGACAUGGCUUUCAGUCCUGAUGGUCGUUGGUUAAUAAGUGCUUCAAUGGAUUGCUCUAUCAGAACUUGGGAUCUUCCUUCUGGGUGCCUUAUAGACAGCUUUCUGCUGGACUCGGCUCCUCUCAAUGUUACUAUGUCCCCUACCGGAGACUUUCUGGCCACUUCCCAUGUGGACCACCUUGGAAUUUAUCUGUGGUCCAAUAUUUCCCUGUAUUCAGUUGUUUCAUUACGGCCACUUCCCACAGAUUAUGUUCCUUCAGUAGUGAUGCUUCCUGGAACUUGUCAAACUGAAGAUGUAGAAUUAUCAGAAGAAACCAUAGAACCAAGUGAUGAAAUGAUAGAGUAUGAUUCUCCAGAACAGUUGAAUGAGCAGUUGGUGACUCUAUCCCUCCUUCCUGAAUCACGGUGGAAAAACCUUCUUAAUCUUGAUGUUAUUAAGAAAAAGAAUAAACCAAAGGAACCUCCCAAAGUACCCAAGUCAGCACCAUUUUUUAUACCAACAGUUCCUGGCCUUGUACCCAGAUAUGCUGUGCCUGAACAAAAUAAUGAUCCACAGCAGUCUAAAGUGGUACAUCUUGGAAUUUUGGCUCAAAAAUCAGAUUUCUUCUUGAAACUUGAAGAAGGACUCGUGAAUAAUAAAUAUGAUGCUGCUCUUAACCUUCUGAAAGAAUUAGGUCCAUCGGGAAUUGAAACAGAGCUGCGGAGCUUGUCUCCUGAAUGUGGCGGGUCUGUAGAGGUUAUGCAGAGUUUCUUAAAAAUGAUCGGAAUGAUGUUGGAUCGAAAGCGUGAUUUUGAGUUAGCCCAGGCAUACCUUGCAUUGUUUCUAAAGUUGCACCUUAAAAUGCUUCCUUCAGAGCCAAAACUUCUAGAAGAAAUGACACAGUUGUCAUCCCAGGUGGAAGGAAACUGGAUUCAUUUGCAAUCACUCUUCAAUCAAAGCAUGUGCAUUUUAAAUUAUAUUAAAAGUGCUUUGUUACAAUAAAAACAAAUUUGUGGCUUUUAUAAACUGAAGACUUUUAUAUUAAAUUGGUUCAGUUUAACUCAUAUUUUGUUUUUCAAGUUUCAUUGUAAGAGAAAAUAAAUGCUAGUAGCAUUACUGACUAGUCAAUCAUUUUCCACUUAAAAGGUAAAUACUUUCUUGAAAUAUAAUGAUACCAGCCUUUCAUUUUAAAAACUUAAAGAAUCUACUCAAAUAAUUUAUUUUCUGAGCCUCUUCACAUUAGUUACUUAGGUAUGACUUUUUU